UAAAAGGACUGGUACGUACUAAUAUGAAAUGUAGACAUUGAGACAUUCUUGUUUAGACCAUCCAAUUCUCAAGCCAAAUAGCCAAGAAUCAAUUUCAUCCACCAUUUUAGCCCAUUCCCUCCUCGGAAAAACAUGGCAGACCUCUUUAGCAUCGCUGAGGGGGUGCUUGGGAAGAUAGCCUCCCGCGCCCUCCAAGAAGCCGUCGAGAUUUAUGGUGUCGAGAACCAAAUCAGCGAGCUUAGGGAGACGUUGACUGCCAUUAAGGCAGUGUUGUUAGAUGCGGAGGAGCAGCAGAGGAAGAACCACCGCCUGCAAGUGUGGUUAGAUCGGCUUCAUGAUGUACUAUACGAUGCGGAGGAUGUGCUCGAUGAACUCGAAUGCGAAGCCUUACGGAAGAAGGUGAUAAGUCGCUACGGGGGCAUCAAAGGGAAGGUACACCAUUUCUUUUCCCUCUCUAAUCCACUCGUGUUCCGUGGGAAAAUCAGUCAUAAGAUCAAGGAGAUUUGGGAGAGAUUAUCUAGAAUUUCCAUCGAUAAAGAUCAAUUCGGUCUUCUACGGAGUGCUGACAAUAGUGAGACACGUAUGCCACCGCGAGAGAUCACUGACCCAUUUGUAAAGAAGUCGAAUGUCGUCGGAAGAGAUAUUGAUAAAAAAAAGAUAAUUGAGAUGUUGCCGUCGGUAGAUGACAAAAACAUCUGUGUGAUUCCCAUUGUUGGAAUAGGAGGUUUGGGCAAGACGACCCUAGCUAAAUUAGUUUACAACGAUGAUAGUGUGAAAGAUCGAUUUAAGUUGCGAAUAUGGGUGUGUGUACCCGAGGACUUCGAUUUCAAGAAAAUUAUUGAAGAGAUCAUUAAACAUGCAACUGAUCAAAGUUUGAGUGACUUGGGUAUUCAACAGUUGCAAACUCAUUUGCUAGACAUCAUCAAAGACAAGAAAUAUCUACUUGUCUUGGAUGAUGUAUGGAGCAUUGACCACAGGAAAUGGAAAAAAAUGAGAGAUUUGCUCAGUGAAGGAGCUAGUGAAAGCAAGAUUAUUGUGACAACACGCAGUUUAGAAGUUGCUUCUAUAAUGGGUACCCAUCCAGCGCAUAAUCUGAAAGGUCUUUCUCAUGAAGACUCUAUGGCAUUGUUCAAAAAAUGUGCUUUUGACAAAAAGGAAAAGCAACCCCGUCCUAAACUCCUUGAGAUCGGAGAAGACAUCGUCACAAAAUGUCAAGGAGUUCCUCUUCUGUUGGAAACUCUAGGGAGCCUACUGAAUUCAAAGGAUGAUGAUGAGCAUUGGAAACGUAUAAGAGAUAGUGAAACAUGGGAGUUAGCAGAAGCGAAGAAGGACAUUUUGCCGGUUCUUGAGCUUAGCUAUGUUCAUUUACCGUCUCACUUAAAACAAUGUUUUCCUAUCUUGUCACUUUUCCCCAGAGGAGUUGAUAUCAGGACCGGCAUUUUAAUUAGGCUAUGGAUGGCUUUAGGACUCAUUAGUUUAACAAGGGAAAAACUAGAACCGGAAGACGUUGGUGCUGAGUAUGUCAAAGAAUUGCGGAGGAGAUCUUUGAUCCAAGAUGUUGAGGAGACCGGAACAGUAUCAAUAGUUAAAGUGCAUGAUUUGAUCCAUUCUCUUGCAAUGAGUGUCGGGCAAAAUUAUUGUUCUACUAUUGACUUAGAUACUCUAGAGAUUUCAGAAAAAGUACGGUAUAUUUCGACCGGUACCACUUCUUUAGAGAAAAUCUCAAAUUAUGAUGGCGUCCCACCUUUUCUGAGAAAGAAAACUUCAAAGAGGCUACGUGCAAUUAUAUUUCAGUACAUAGUUGAUGAUGGAGUUAUUACUAGAAAAUUUGCUAGAACAUUCAUCUCUAAGUGUAACCAUUUACGGUUUCUCGAUCUGUCGUAUGGUAGCUUUGAGGAUCUGCCAAGUUCAAUAUGCAACUUGAAGCAAUUGAGAUCAGUAGAUCUAUCUGAGAACAAGCGGUUGAAGAAACUUCCAAAUACCAUUUGUGAGUUACAGAGUUUGCUAGAGUUAGACGUCAGUGGUUGCUUGGAGCUAGGCGAGUUACCCAAAAAUAUGGAAAGGCUUGUCAGUCUUAGAUUUCUAUAUAUAACAACAAAGCAAAAGAGUUUACAAGAAAGCGGAAUACAAUAUCUGGAAAAUCUGCAUUUUUUGGGACUCGAGAAUUGCAAAAAUCUCCAAGUCUUGUUUGAAGGAACUUGCCGACUAAUUCGCCUUCGGAGGUUGGACAUUAGAGUUUGUGGGGGAACAAUAUCUCUACCUUUGAGGGAAUUCAUCGCCCUAGAGUCCUUAGAUAUUGCUAGUUGCAAGUUCGCGAUGACCUCGGAGAAUAAGUCCAACUUUAUGUUGAAUCUUCGUGCUCUGGUAAUUGAUGACUCCGAACAAGUGAUGGAGUUGUUCCAAUGUCUCGAAGGAUCGGCCUGCAGUUUGGAGUCCUUUGGUGUCUAUGAUUGCCCAAGCUUGACAUCUAUUCCUGAUUCGUUACCCAAUCAUACAAGUCUCAAAUUAAUUCACUUAAUCAGAUGUCCCAACUUAUCGUCCAUGCCGCAAGGAAUCCGAUCCCUCACUGCCCUCAAAGAAUUAUGUAUUGAACACUGUGGUGAACUGAGCAAAAGAUGUGAGCCUCAAACCGGCAAGGAUUGGAACAAAAUCGCCCACGUUCCUCGAAUCAUGCUUGAUUUGAUAAAAGUACAAUGGAUGGAUGAUUAGAUGAACUCCCAUGAUCUAUUUGCUAAGCCAUGUGGAUCUCCGCAACGAUUUGACCUUGCAAUAAGCUAAUCCUUCGUCAAUCUCUUUCAUUUUCAGGGACAAAAACAAUGGCCGUUGAUAUUGUACUUUUCUCUUUCUUUCCUUGAAUGCAUGUUGUUCUUUAUUAUUUGCUUGCGUUUGUAUUGCACAUUUCUAAAUGGUGAAUAUGACUUACUUGUAUUGUUUGAGACCAA